AUGAGUAUCUUGGCAAGAACCUUCGUGGUGUGCCUCAUGGCAUCGUGCCAUGGAAUUGCCAACUGUGCUGUCGUCCAGACCGCCAACAAGCAAGAAAUUGGAGCAGGUUCAUCUAUCGUGGCCCAACAUGCACCUAUCACCACUGCUGGCAGCCUUUCCGAGAGUAUUGUGCCUGGAUCACUUCACACAGUGUCCACAGUCACCAAGAUUCGCCAGGUUCCAUUCCAACAACUUCGUGUCCUCCAGGAUACCAGUCUAGUCAACACGACUUCUUCCCAGUCUUCCUCAAUUCGCCCAACUCGUACCGGCGAGGACACUAGUCGUCCACCCACCUCAUAUAUCCACAGCCCUAUCAUGACCACAAUCCCUGAGCAUGACCUAGCUCCCUUGUAUCUCGACUGGCCUGGAGAUGUAGACCCCGAGGAUCUUAUUCCAUUGUUCCAGAGUCUCGCUGAUGAUGACAACGCCGAUGUGAUUCCACGCGAUAACUACGACGACGGAUAUGGCUUUGGAUAUGGCUCCAGCACUGCCGGCCCUGUCAAUGGCGGCUAUGGUAACCCAUCUGGAACAACGACUCCACCUGCUGGUGGCUAUGGUAACCCCCCCGAGACAACGGACCUGCCGUCUGGUGGUUAUGGAAACCCGCCGCUACCUCCCGCCGUCGUCGACCCAAGCAUUGUCACGCUGCCAGACCCACCAACUGUGACUAUUUCCCUGGAAAUGUGGUCAUCAUCUUUUGACCCAAGCACAUCUACAGAUGGUGCAACAGUCGUUGUCGUCGUGCCUGCCCCGAGCACAGAAGCACCGGAGCCCGACGUUACAGUAACUGUCGCUCCGCCCCAGGCAACCUUACCCCUUCCAUUAUCUACUGGUGGUCCAACCUUUACGACUAUUAUUGUUCCAGGUGAGACUCCGCACAGUACGCCAGGCUAUGUCUACACGACAGUUACUCCAUCGCACACGGGACCACAUGCCGUCACCAGCACCUUCGUGGUAGUGAAUACACCUACGGCGCAUCCAUCUCCGGUCCCUAUCGGUACAAGUACCGGCCGUCGUGUUCAGCCGAGUCUACGUUUCACAUGGGCCAUUACGAUUGUUGCACUUGCAACUAUUGCGGCGACUGGCAUCAUCAACGGACCGAAGCGAGCCAAUGAUCUGAAGACUACUCGACCUAAGCAUUGUGAGCACUAAGUCUCGAUAUGACCUAGAAUAUAAUUCGAACAAGGUUCUAAGGUCCAACGACCGCUUUC